AGCUCGUUGUAUAAACCGGAAGUAAUCCGCUCUGACGGGCGAUACACUGAGUUUUUCCUCCAUUGUCAACAAAAUUCGCGGUAUAUAUUAACAGCUUGUACAUUUACAAAGACUGAAGAUUCAGAAAGUUAUUUGGGUAAAUAGGCACGAGGAAGGACACUGUUGACAAAAUGAACGUGACUUUAGCUGUUAAACAGUAUGUCACUAAGAUGAUAGAAAGCAGCGGACCAGGAAUGAAGGUUCUGCUCAUGGAUAAAGAAACGACCAGCAUUGUGAGUAUGGUCUACACACAAUCUGAGAUCCUGCAGAAGGAGGUCUACCUGUUUGAGCGGAUAGACUCCCAGAACCGUGACAGCAUGAAACAUCUGAAGGCCAUCUGCUUCCUCAGACCAACCAAGGAAAAUGUGGAGAAUCUUAUUCAGGAGCUGCGGCGUCCCAAAUACAGCGUAUACUUUAUCUUUUUCAGCAAUGUCAUCAGUAAGAGUGAAGUGAAGGCCCUGGCAGAAGCUGAUGAACAGGAGGUUGUGGCAGAGGUGCAGGAGUUUUAUGGAGACUUCAUCGCUGUGAAUCCUCAUCUUUUCUCCCUCAAUCUGCAAGGAGUGUCCAGGGGUCGCAGUUGGGAUUCCAGUGUCCUUCCACGUGUCACUCAAGGUUUGACCUCUGUGCUGUUGGCUUUAAAGAAGUGUCCCAUGAUUCGUUACCAGCUUUCCUCUGACAUGGCAAAGAGACUGGCUGAAAGUGUAAAGCAAAUAAUCAGCAAGGAGUAUGAACUGUUUGACUUCAGGAAAACCGAAGUGCCUCCUCUUCUGCUGAUCCUGGACAGAAGUGAUGAUGCGAUCACACCCCUCCUUAACCAGUGGACAUAUCAGGCAAUGGUUCAUGAGCUGCUUGGUCUAAACAACAACCGAAUAGAUCUGUCCCGAGUGCCUGGCAUAAAUAAAGACCUGAGAGAGGUGGUGCUGUCUGCCGAGAAUGAUGAAUUCUAUGCUAAUAACUUGUACCUGAACUUUGGUGAAAUUGGAACAAACAUUAAAAACCUGAUGGAGGACUUUCAGAAGAAAAAGCCAAAGGACCAACAGAAACUAGAGUCCAUUGCUGAUAUGAAGGCUUUUGUGGAUAAUUACCCACAGUUUAAGAAGAUGUCAGGCACGGUUUCCAAACAUGUGACGGUGGUGGGCGAGUUGUCUCGUCUAGUCAGUGAGAGGCAGUUAAUGGAGGUGUCUGAGGUGGAGCAGGAGCUUGCAUGCCAGAAUGAUCACUCUAACGCCCAGCAGAAUGUGCGACGGAUGCUGCAGAACCCACGUGUGUCAGAGCUUGAUGCAGUGCGUCUGGUGAUGUUAUAUGCUCUGCGCUAUGAGCGACACAGCAGCAGCAUCCUGCCCAAUCUUAUGGAAGAGCUUCACAGGAAAGGGGUGUCUGAAAAGUACCGCAAGAUGGUACAAGCCGUGAUUGACUACGGAGGCAAACGGGUCAGAGGAAGUGAUCUCAUUACUCCUACAGAUGCUGUGGCCAUCACCAAACAGUUUUUCAAAGGACUCAAAGGUGUUGAGAAUGUCUAUACCCAGCACCAGCCUCUGCUUCAUGACACGCUGGAUCAACUAAUUAAAGGCCGUUUGAAGGACAGUCAGUUUCCCUACCUCGGGCCAAGUUCUCUGCGGGACAGGCCGCAGGACAUCAUUGUCUUUAUCAUUGGAGGAGCCACGUACGAGGAAGCACUGACCGUGUACAACUUGAACCGCACCAUGCCAGGGGUUCGCAUCGUGCUUGGAGGAACAGCCAUCCACAACACCAAAAGCUUCCUGGAAGAGGUCACUUUAGCAGCUGGCUUGAGUCAUGGGGAAGCCAGGGGUUCACAUGGAGCUGGGCGUCCACCAACCAGGCACUGAACACUGAAUCAGUAGUUUUCACAUUAAUAUAAUAGCAGUGUUGUGUGUGAGUGUGUGUGUGUGUGUGUGCACGCGCUCAGAGCUCAAAUCUACUUUCCUGUAUCCAUACCAGUCAUUGUAGACAUUCCUCUUUCCAUUGUCCUGAAUAUAUACCAUAUUGUGAGUUAAAUGACUUAAAAUUAUCUUGUGUCCAAAACAAGAGAAAUUGAUUUGUAUACUUAAAAUGUGUGAUGUUUAUUAAUGUGAUCAUUAUGACUGCUUAUGACAACACUAUAACAAUAAGAACACAAUCUGGCCAACUUGAACUGUGCAUCUUGUAUAUUGUGUCUGAUCUGCUGUAUGUAAAUAAGGUAGUAACCAUGUUCUUCCAGUGAAGACUCAAAUUUGAGGCAUAUAUUGUCUUUUAUUGGACUGUCUGCAGAUAAAGAAUGAUGAGAGGAUUUAUCACAACCGCCUGUUUCAGUGUUUGUGUAACUCAGUACAUUUUACCUAUGUAUACAGAAAUAUAUUGUACAUUUUUACAUUGUUUCCCAUCUAUACCCAUGUGUACAGAGAUACAUAUUUUCUCUUCUGAGACAAAACUGGACCUUAACUACUUUUAAAAAAAAGAUAACUGUAUGCAAAUGUAAAGCUGUUGUAAAUGAUUAAAUGGCUCAUUUCUGUA